CACCACCACCACCACCACCUCCCCUCACAAUGUCCUACAACAUCGCCGGCGUCAAGGUGUUGAACGAACAUCUGGCCCUCGGAAUCUUUGGUCUCUACGGCCUCGGAGGCUACCUCGCCAUGCGCGGCGGUGACAAGAAGACGGCCACGCCCGCCAGCAAGGGCGGCCUUACCCAGACGAACGGGCCUCCUCUCAAUGCUGCUAGCUCCGAGGAGGAGUCCUUCAUCAAGCAGUUCAUGAAGGAAGCCGAAGGCGACAAGAAUGCUCACAGGAUGGUCUAGAUGCCUCACAUUAAGGCAGACGAAUGACAAUGUAGAAGAUUGAGAUUCAAUCCAUUACUUGGCAAGAUGUUGCCCACAGCACGCCUAGAAAUCGUCCGGAUCCUCAUCAUCCUCCUCAUCCCCACUCUCCGGAUCAAAGUAGAUGGUACUCUGCCCAGUCGUCCCUCUCCUCAGCCCUACUCCUUCCUCCCCGCCAUGACCUCCUUCCUCACGUUCGUAGCCCUCGUAGAUGCGAUCAGUAGGCACAAAGGGCAGAGCCACAUCGUCUCUCCUCUCUCUUUGUGACGAGGUGAGCGACAAGUUGAAAGGCAGCGAUGACACCAGAGAGGCGUGCGCAUCCCCUUCGGUGUUCUUUUCCGCUUCACGAAGCGAGCGAUGAUCGCCCAUGUCCAGGGGCACAAGCGAAAGACCGCCGCCGUGCAAGCGCUGCCGCACGCCGAGG